AUGAACUCCAACCGCUCCCGUCCCGAUAGCCGGGCUGGCCGCGCCAGCGAGCGCGUUACCUUUGAUGAGAUAGCGCUCAGUGACGACGAACGUAUUGCCACAGUUUUCCGCCCCAUGAAGGCCUUAGCCAACCGUAACGAGGCCGACGAGCAAGCGUUGGGGGACGAGCGGGAGAGUCGCGGGUUCUCCCGCAACUACCGCGGCGAUAUGAACAAUCCCAAGAACCAGCGCGGCAUGGUUUCCGACAAUGAGAACACCAGCUUGUUCAUCACCCGGUUGCCUGCGGAUGUCACCCCCGCUCAGCUCUUGAAAGCCCUCGCCCCCCAUGGACCUUUCGGGAGGGUUUGGUCAGUCCACAUCAUCCCUGCCAAUGCCGACAAGGGCCAGACAGGGGCCGCGGCAAAGCUCAUCAUGUUCGAUCGCGCUGGGGCUGAGGCGGUAUACAACUUCAUUCACCGCGGCGGUCUUUCUUUCUACAAUGGGUCGACCAGGAUCCGGGCGAUGGUCUCCUGGAACCAGGUCAAGUCACCGCCGUCCGAUCCCCGGGGCACCAAGUCGCGCGUUCUCAUUAUCUCGGGCCCUGCCGACUUUGUCGAUGUGAAGAAGCUCAGAGCUCUGUUCAGUCGCUACUUCAUCUAUCAGGAGGAGGAAGUCAAGCUUACCUCGCAUCGGGACUCCAAGCAUGAGAUUGAGUUCAGGUUCUGCUGCUUUCACGCUCAGGCGGAGGCCGCAUCGGUCUUCCUCGGACGUUUGAAACCUUGGAGUGUGUUUGUCAAGUUUGGAGCCGACCCUCUUGCUCAGCAGCCCCCAGCAAACGCUCAGGCUCGGUCGUCUGUAGCGGAGGACCGCUGGGCCCUGUUGGGUCAGCGCAGACGUGGAGGAUCUAGUUCUUAA